GAAUGAAGCGACUAGCUUGAGGUUGGCUAGUAAGUGACAUUAUCCCGGAAUAAGAAGCGCAUAUGCGGUCGGAACCAAGGUCCAAACUUUGUUAAGACAACUGUGGAGCAGAGUAAAUGAGCCAUGUACAGUUUUGCGUGCUUCUCGCAUGAACCACGCUGGAAGGCAGCCUGAAGCCGGAGCUGUCCGCCCAUAAACAACACUAGCAUGGCCGAGGUGCAGAGGCUCGGAGUGGAUGUGCGACUGAAACUUUCAGGCUAAGGCAUCAGAGCUGCCAUGUACAAUCGCCCUAAAAGCUCCAUGAAGGCCAGCAGCAGCAGCAGUAUCACAGAGCUGCUGGGUGCCCUGUGUGACUGCAGCCUGUCUGGGGUGUCAUGGAAGCGUCGGUCCCUGGGAACUGUUUCCAGAGAAAGUUUCCGCAGAACUCUCAAGAAGCGCGUUUACGGUGCCCUUCUGUCUAAACUCUUCCAAGAUGGCACCAAGGGGCCUGUUCCAGGCCAGAGCGCUGCAGCUAACACGCCCCCGAGAAACAAAGUCCUGAUGAUAUGUUUUGACUUGCGUGUGGCGGGAUGUCGAGAGGAAGCAGAGAGAUUGGAGGGGCAGCUGGAAAGGCUGCCGGAAGGAACGUCCUCAGGGCUGCAGGAGGUUGACGCAGUCCUUGAGCUCCUGGUGCAUCUGGCUGGUUCGGCCCCUCCAGCCCCGUCCUCCUUCAGCAGGGACUACAUGAGACAGGAGAGGUCCGUGCUGCGGAGGCCUCCGACCUGGAGCUACCAGAGUGAGGAGCUGCAGAGGCUGGAAGCUCAGUCGUGGGGACUUGUCUGUGGGGAGGAAUGGGGAACUUUAGAGAGCCUGUGUGGGACUCAGAGGUUGAUGGACGCCCCACCAGGCACAGGCCUCCUAACCAUGAGGACAAGAUUGGAAACGGAAGAAAGGUUUGAGAAAGAGACGAGGAUGUCACUGUUUGGUGCCCUGCAACACACCCGCACCUCGGAUAACGACAUAAGACUGGAUCUGCCUCCCAUCCCCAGUAAUAUCGAUGUUACUGGUUUGGCUAUCAGGGUGCCUCCGUCUUUCGAUCAGUCUGAUGACGAAGGCUUCCAGUCGGCCUCUAACCUGACUCCAGACUCGCAGUCAGAGCCCAGCCCCGUUCCCGACAUCGACAUCUGGGAGGCUGUCCGCACAUUUGAACCUGGCAGACGUCGCUGCUGGGAGAGUGUUGGCUGUCCACCGGGGAAAAGAGAGUCUCUCUAUCUGACCGAGGGGGGCCGGCAAGCCUUCGACCAGCUCUACCGGCUGUGGGAGGGGGAGAUCAGGGCGUUGAGCUCCAACGCCCCCUCUCCUGUCCUCCCGCUGCCCCUCGACUCGCAGAAGCAACUGGUGUCCGACCUCCUCAACGUCCUGAUUGGCGUGGCGUCCACCACCUUCCCUCUUAACCAGAGCGUCCAGUUUGACGUCAGGCCCGGGGUGUGCGUGUCGGGAGCCUCGCCGGAGAGCGUGUCCCGCCUCUUGGCGGAGCUGGCCCAGUACGGCACCUACUACCUGAGGCUGAGCCGCUUUUCUUUGCAGAGUGCUGACAAGAAGGGCCUCGUCUUCCAGGCGUUCACUGGUGGUCUAAGGAAGUACCUGCAUUACUACAGAGCUUGUGUUCUCAGCACUCCGUGCACUCUCAGCCUGCUGACAAUCAGUUUCCUCUUCCGCAAAGUGGGCCGCCAGCUCAGGUACCUGUCCGAACUGUGCUGUGUAGAUGGACCGCUGGGUGUGGGCAAGGCAACAUUUCCUGUGGGCGUUAAACUGCUGUCCUACCUGUACAACGAAGCACAGAGUAACUGCAGCAACGAGAAUUACCCCGUCCUGCUGUCGCUGCUGAAGAGCAGCUGUGCCCCGUACACACGGUUCGUGUCCGACUGGGUGUACAGCGGGGUGUUCAGGGAUGUUUACGGAGAAUUCAUGAUCCAGGUCAAUGAGGAAUACCUCAGCUUCAGAGACAAACACUUCUGGGUUCAAGGCUACACUCUGAUCUCGAAGGAUGUGGAGGACUGCGUACCAAUCUUCUUGAAACACAUUGCCAACGAUGUGUACGUCUGUGGGAAAACCAUCAACCUCCUCAAAAUCUGCUGUCCACAGCACUACAUCUGCUGGUCGGAGCUGCCGGCGCCACGCAUCACUGUCACCUUCUCCCUGCGGGAGGUGGAGGAGAUCGAGAGAGACUGCGCGGUGUACCGAGGACGCAUGGAGCGGAUUGCGAAGCACAGCGCCAUCAGCAGGGAGCAGCAGGCCCUGAGAACAGAGCAGGCACGGCAAGAGCUGAUCAAUCAGGUCAGAGAGUCGGCAGUCAAUACCCUGGAGAGCAUCCGUGGGCGCCAGGUGUCACAGCGUCUGGCUGAGGAGGCCAGGAAGAGGGAGCGUUUUGAGGAGCUGAAGCAGCACCUGGAGCAGGAGCAGGAGUGGCGGAACGCAGCCAAAAAGAAGCAGGAAGAGGACGACUUCAGCUUUGCCAGAGAGCUGAGGGACAGAGAGAAGAGGCUCCAAGCUCUGGAGGAGCAGCUGGAGCAGAGAGCCAGGAAAGAGCUGAUUGCUCAGUACAGCCGUCUAUCAGAGGAGGCAGCUCGCAGAGAGAGACGUGCCAUGUGGCGGGUGCAGCGAAUGAGGCUCCACGACGCUCGCGCUCAAUUUUUUCAGCUCGACAGGCAGGAGACUGAGGCAAUUCUAGAGAAAUACCCCCUAGGCCAGGGAAGACCUCCCAUCGAGGCGCUGCCACCUGUUCACUCGGCUCAACAGACUGCACUUCAACCAGCACUGGAAUAUCCCACUCAGGAGCUGCCCGAGACUCAAGCAUCAGAAGCUGAAUCACCUCCACACGAUCAAUCUUCACCAAGUUUCGCCCCACUCACAACAGGGCCUGCUCUUAUCUGUGAAAAAGUUGUCAUUGACUUUCCCCCGCAGUUACCGAACCCAGACAGCCAGCAGGUGGAUGCAGCCCUGCAGGAUAUUGGCUCCGACCUGCCAGAUGCCGGCCCUACAGCUCAGCUAAUAGAUUAUGACUUCAGUGCCCCCUUUAGUCCGCUCGAGGGUAUCGCUGGACCAGCCUCGGCUCAGCCCAGGCCUCGCUGGGGACCUGUAGUCCAGCCCAACAUCUUCCAGCCAGCGCCGCCGCCGACGGAGGACGGCGUGCCUCAAGUUCAAGACAGGAGCUCACAGGCCGUUUCUUUUGGUCCAGCGCCAAAGUCAAGCUUGUCUUCAGGUCAGGGCAUUUCACACGAGCUCCAGAAUAGCAGUGUUAACGGACAGGAGUCAGUGAGUCAGCAGGAUGAGGGGGAACCAGCAGCAGAGCUCAUGCAGAAGUCUGGACCUGAACCGAAUGUGGGAAUAAAGACCAAUGAAGAAAAGAGCAUAGCUGUUGAAGAUGCAAAAGUCAUUUCGGCCGAGGAUUCCCCUUCCGCCGCUGGAGAUAGUGGAUCAGACCGGGGAGGAACGAAGCCACUGGAGGCAGACGCUGCAGAACGAAGCUCGGACAUGCAUGAUCAAGCUACUGAGAGCGUUCCUCCGCCUGGCGAAUUGACUCCCCACUCUAGUGCUCAUUUGAAGGCUGAAGAGUUGGUUUCAAUUCAGCCCAGUCCCAGUGUCCACGGCCAUUCGUCUGACGCUCACAUAAAGGUUGGAGAGUAUGUGUCUGGGGUAACGGCUCCACUGGUGUCUCCCAGCAUCCACGGCCAUGCCUCAGACUCGCACAUCAAGAUCGGAGGACAUGUUUCAGACGUCGCGGCGCCUUCACCGUCGGCCAGCGUCUACGGCCACUCCUCUGAAUCUCACAUAAAGGUGGGAGCGAACGUGUCUGAGGUCGUCGCUCCUCUCCCCGCUCCGAAUGUCCACGGACACAUUUCCGAAGCCCACAUCCGAGUCGGGGAGCUGGUUUCAGACGUCGACGCGCCUCUGCCCUCAGCCAGUGCGCACGGCCACAGUUCCGACGCUCACAUUAAGGUUGGGGAAAAUGUCUCGGACUUUGUUGCGCCGCUGUCUGUCCCGAACAUCCACGGCCACGCUUCAGAUGCGAACAUCAAAGUGGGCGAGUUCGUGUCGGACGUCCCUGAAGCGAGGCCCCGCUGGAGUAAGCACGGCCACGCCUCGGACUGCGCCCUGCAGCCCGGCUGUGUGGUGUCCGGACCGGAACAGCACCCGUCCCCUUUGCCUGGAAGCGCCUACGGUCACUCCUCAGACUCGACGCUAGCCACUGGCUGUGUCGUUUCCGGAGAGGAACCCAAGCGUUCUCCUCUGCCAGGCAGCGCCCACGGUCACUCCUCAGACUCGACGUUGGGCAUCGGGUGCGUCGUCUCCAAACCGGAACCGCUCCCGUCGGCUCUACCGGGCAGCCUCUACGGCCACGCGUCCGAUUCCACACUCGGAGUGGGCUGCACGGUGUUGGGGGCGGAGCCACAGCUCUCUGCGCUGCCCGGCAGCAGCUACGGCCACUCGUCAGACUCCUCCCUCGGCGCUGGGUGUGUGGUGAAGAGCAAAGGCGGCGGAGACCAGCGGAAAACGAAGGACGAUGGAGAUGAGCAAGGGUCGAAGUCGGGGAGCCCCAGCGAGCAGCUGUUUGAGGGCAUGGGGUCCUGGGCAGCCGGCGAGGGGCCGUCGCCUGGAGAACGGGCUGAACAGGAGUACCUCUUGGCCUUGUCCGCGCAGUACCAGGUGGAACACUACGACGACUGCUCCGACCUCAUGGCCGCCUCCCCGGAGUGUCGGCUGCUGAAGCAGGUGACCCGCGGCCCCUGGGGCCUCCCGAUGGACCCCACGCUGCACCGGGCCACCGACACCACGGCCGUCCAGCUCAGCGAGAUGGUGUCUCUGCCGGUUUUGAUCAAGCACUCCGUCACCACUCCGCUCAUCACACAUGUGUCUCUGGUGAACAAGGCCGUGGUGGACUACUUCUUCGUGGAGCUGGGCGUGGAGCGACACUUCGAGGCGCUGCGGCACUUCCUGCUGAUGGAGGACGGGGAGUUUGCGCAGUCGCUCAGUGAUCUGCUGUUUGAGAAGCUGGGCAGCGGCCAGACGCCCGGCGAGCUGCUGACCCCGCUCGUCCUCAACUCCAUCCUGAGCAAGGCGCUGCAGUACAGCCUGCACGGCGACACGCCGCUGGCGGGGAACUUCACCUUCGCCCUGCGCUUCCUCCCCGACACCUUCCACCCGCACGCCCCGGACUCCCUCAACUGCCUGGAGCUGCGCUACAAGGUGGACUGGCCGCUGAACAUCAUCAUCACAGACAGCUGCAUGAACAAGUACAACCGUCUGUUUUCCUUCCUGCUGCAACUCAAACACAUGGUGUGGAGCCUCCGCGACGUCUGGUUCCACCUGAAGAGGACAGCGCUGGUGAAAGGCGCCGGCCGCUCCGUGCAGUUCCGCCAGCUGCAGCUUUACCGGCACGAGAUGCAGCAUUUCGUCAAGGUGAUCCAGGGAUACAUCGCCAACCAGAUCCUGCAAGUGUCCUGGAGCGAGUUCACAGCCAAACUGGCCGCCGCCAGCGACCUGGACGCCAUCCAUCGCACGCACGCAGACUACCUCAACAGAGCCAUCUUCAGGGGUUUGCUGACGGAGAAGGCGGCUCCGGUCAUGAACAUCAUCCACAGCAUCUUCAGCCUCAUCCUCAAGUUCCGGGCGCAGCUGAUCGCACAGCCCUGGGACAGCCAGCAGGGGGAGGCGGUGCACCCCAGCUUCAUCGCCAUGCAGCAGUCGUACAACACCUUCAAGUAUUACUCCCACUUCCUCUUCAAAGUGGUGACCAAGCUGGUGAACAGAGGCUAUCAGCCGCAUUUAGAGGAUUUCCUGCUUCGCAUCAACUUCAACAACUACUACAAAGACUCCUGAGCUGCAUGUGAGUUCUCCUUGAGCCAAAUGUCCCAACAUGCUGCUGCUGCUGUACGCAAAUCCACUUUUUCCCCCCAACACCCCUUUGCACAAAACCCCCAAAAGCAAGACAGAUGUGUUUUGCUCACAAGAAAACCACUUUGAUCUUCAGAGGUGUAAAAGAUAUCAAUGCCUUACAAAACAGUUUUAAUGUCAUCCGCAUGAUGCUAAAUUAAAGGUCCGACAGGAAACACCACCUCCGCUCUGCUUCCACUGAACGUUUGUACGUUGUUCCUGUGUGUGAUAUGGAGGCCGUUCGUGCUCAGGUGUUCUAAGAACAGAAAUGAGAUGUAAAGGCAAAAGCUUUGUUUAAUAAAACGUCUUUUAA